CAAGUUAGCGAGUCAACUAGGCGGCGGAAAAGAAGAAGACCUGAUACGACACGAGUGUUCUAGAACAUCAGUUCAGCGUAGGUGACAAGGUGGAGUUAUAGAACCCAAUUGGACAGAAAGGACUUUCAAACUACAGUUUCUUUGGGAUGGUCCUUACACAUUCCUAAACAGGCUGAAAAACGUCGUAAUUCGUGUCCACUUUUAAGGAAGAGGUGUGCUUCGAACAAAGUUCAUAAAUUUGAACAAAAAUAUGAAAUACAUAAUUGGAGUCUCUAUAUUGUUCUUACGUAUCGUGUACUUGACUGCCGUCAGGGAGAAUUUCCAACCUCCGAAUAUUGUUAUUAUUUAUGCUGAUGAUUUGGGCUGGAAUGAUGUCAGUUUUCAUGGAUCACCGCAAAUAAAAACCCCGAAUUUGGAUGCUUUAGCAGCAUCAGGAAUUAUACUCAACGCUUACUAUGGAGAAUACAUGUGCACGCCAUCAAGAGCAGCACUAAUGACUGGAAAAUAUCCUAUGCGAUUAGGCCUUCAACACUACAUCAUAGCAGCGGGUGAAGCGUCUGCGUUGCCCCUAAAUGUGAUGACUAUGCCAGAACAUUUUAGGAAGCUCGGAUAUGCUACCCAUAUGGUGGGAAAAUGGCAUUUGGGGUACAUGAAAAGAAAUUACACUCCAAUAUACAGAGGAUUCGAUACAUUCUUUGGUUACUACAAUGGUUUUAUAGAUUAUUAUGAUUAUGAGACUUUUGAGACAAUGACCUACAUGAAGCAGUUCAUUGGUGUAGAUCUCCAUAAUGGAACGACUCUUAUUAAAAAUUUGAGGGGAGAAUACGCUACGCAUCUCUUCACAAGGACGGCAACUGAUAUCAUUUAUAAUCAUGAUACAUCUAAGCCACUAUUUUUGUACCUUGCUGAAAUAUCUCCUCAUAUUGGUAAUAGCUAUGAUCCUCUCCAAGCACCUUUAGAAAUUAUUGAAAAAUUUAGUUAUAUAAAGCACGAACCAAGAAGGAUUCAUGCUGCUAAGGUUUCUGCUAUGGACGAUUCAGUAGGAAAUAUAUUCAAAGCUUUAUAUGAAAAAAGAAUACUGGAAAAUAGCAUCAUAAUUUUCGCAUCCGACAAUGGCGGCGAAACUGAUCCUAACAGAUAUGGCUAUUCUUCUAACUACCCACUUCGAGGCAGAAAAAUGACUUCUUUCGAAGGUGGUGUUCGAGUGCCGGCACUCAUAUGGAGUCCAUUAUUGUCACUCAAAGAACAUAGAACUUCAACGCAACUUAUGCAUGUCACGGACUGGUUACCUACUCUUUACGCAGCUGCUGGUGGUGAUGUGAAUGAUUUAGGUGCCAUCGAUGGCCGUAAUAUGUGGGAUGCUCUCAUUCAGAAUUCUGAAUCUCCUAGACAUGUACUUCUUCACAUUUUGGAUCCAAUAUUUGGUAUGUCUGCUCUGAGAAUUGGAGAUUUAAAAUUAAUUAAUGGGACAAUAUAUGACAAAUUAGAUGGACGGUAUGGUCCUACAGGCUUUGAAGAUGUGCAUCCCGGCUCUAUGGAUGAAUGGAUUUUCAGGGACGGCAGUGUUGUGGAAACUAUUUUGAAAAGAAUUGGAUUAUGGCUGCCUAAAUCUCCAGAUACAUGGAGGCUGAACGCAACUAUAAACUGUAAUGGUAAUUUGCCAACAGAAAGCGAAGUAUGCGAUCCAUCAAAAGCACCUUGCCUCUUCAAUAUUACAAAUGAUGCUUGCGAAUACUACAACUUAGCUACUGAAUAUCCUGAGGUGGUGAAGAUGAUGAUGGAAGUUAUUUAUUCUUACCAGACAGUUGCCGAACCACCUCAGACUAAACCUAGGGAUCCCAGAUCUCAUCCUUUGUGUCAUGGUUUCGGUUACGUAGAAUGGCUCGAGCCCGAAUAUAUCAGCAACUGUUCAUAUCGAUCAUAGAUUUCAAAAAACAAAACUAUAAAAAAUAAAUUUAUUCGAUAUUAUUUCAACUUCUGAA